AUGGCCGAUGCCGCACAGUCACCAAAGAUCAACCCUUCGGAUCUCGAGACCCCCGUACUGAAAACGGCGGUUGUUACGACUGGACGAGGGGGCACUGGCAACAUGGCCCAGAAUAACGACCCUCGCGAGACUCGUCUUCGCCAGGACGUUAAGGCCGUGCCUCGGCGACUUAGCGCAGGAGCCCAGUACGUUGGCCGCGGCGGCGCUGGCAACGUAUUCAAAGGCGAGGACGAACUCGAAGAACUGGCGCGCAACCGUAGCGUGGAGCAAGCCAUCGACGAAACCCCCGAGAGAGAGUCGGACAAGUCCUCUGACAAGUCGGCCGAAAGGACUGAGAAGACGGAGACGAAGAGACGAUGGUUGUUUGGCAAGAAGCAAUAA